CGCUGUAGCAAGCAUUGACGAGGACAGCAGCUUUGCCGCCGCCAGACAUCUGUCCAUUACCCACCUUCUUGCUUGGUUGCUCACCGUUCAUCUGUAAACCUGUCUGUCCAUCUGGAAUCCCGUCUCUGUCCACUUGUCUGACUGUCCUUCUCUUCCUAUCUCUCCAGCUGUCUGGCCUGUCUGUCAAUCCAUUUGUCUGUUUGUGGCCCCCAUCUAUUUGUCCGAUCAUCUGUGAGUCCAUCUGUGAAUCAUCUUGUCCAUUCAUCCACACCGCUGUCCAGGCACCUGUCUGUUCACUGGCCUGUCUGCCCCACUGUGUCCCCUCUCCCCCUGGGCUGCAGAGCCAUGGCCCAGGGCCGGGGGGCCACAGUCAGCCUGGUGCUGCUGGGGCUGGGGCUGGUCCUGGCCAUUAUCGUGCCUGCUGUGAUCCUCUCUCGCCACCACACCCCCUGCAGCCCCCAGGCUUAUGCCCAUGCUGCGGUUGCUGCGGACUCCAAAGCCUGCUCGGACAUUGGACGGGCCAUCCUCCAGCAGCAGGGCUCACCCGUGGAUGCCGCCAUUGCGGCUCUGGUCUGCACCAGUGUUGUCAACCCCCAGAGCAUGGGCCUGGGCGGAGGGGUCAUCUUCACCAUCUACAAUGCUACCACAGGGAAGGUGGAGGUCAUCAAUGCCAGGGAGACAGUGCCCACCAGCCACGUCCAGGGUCUGCUGGACCAGUGUGAGCGGGCCCAGCCACUGGGCACAGGGGCCCAAUGGAUCGGGGUGCCUGGGGAGCUCCGCGGUUACGCGGAGGCCCACCGCCGCCAUGGCCGCCUGCCCUGGGCGCAGCUGUUCCAGCCCACCAUCAGGCUGCUCCGCAGCGACUACCGCAUGCCUCACGUCCUCAGCCAGUUCCUGAACAACAGCAUCCUGCGGCCUUUCUUGUACAAAUCCUCCCUGAGGCAGCUCUUCUUCAAUGGGACAGAACCCCUGAGACCUCAGGACCCGUUUCCCUGGCCUGCCUUGGCCACCACCCUGGAGACCGUGGCCACGGAAGGCGCAGAGGCUUUCUACACAGGGAGGCUAGGGCAGAUGCUGCUGGAGGACAUUGCCAAGGAAGGUAGCCAGCUGACUCUGCAGGACCUGGCAUCAUUCCAGCCGGAGGUGGUGGACGCCCUGGCAAUGCCCCUGGGAGACUACACCCUGUACUCGCCACCACCACCUGCAGGGGGCGCAAUUCUCAGCUUCAUCCUCAACGUGCUCAAAGGGUUCAAUUUCUCUGCGGAGUCAGUGGCCAGACCUGAAGGCAGCGUGAACUUGUAUCAUCAUUUUGUGGAAACACUCAAGUUUGCUGGAGGGUUUAGGUGGCAGCUCUGGGACCCUCGAAGCCACCUAGAGGUCCAGAACAUCUCCCAGAACCUGCUGGGGGAGGCUCUGGCCCAGCACAUCCGCCAGAAGAUCGAUGCCCGGGGUGACCACCAGCUCAGCCACUAUAGCCUGGUCGGGGCCCGGGGCCACAGCAUGGGCACAACCCAUGUGUCCGUGCUGGGGGAGGAUGGCAGUGCCGUGGCUGCAACCAGCACCAUCAACACUCCCUUUGGAGCCAUGGUGUACUCACCGCACACGGGCAUCCUCCUCAACAAUGAGCUCCUAGACCUGUGCUGGAGGAGACCGCCAGCCUCCCGUGUCACCCCUCCACCCGUACCAGGUGAGCGGCCCCCAUCAUCCAUGGUCCCCUCCAUCUUGGUCAACGCAGCCCAGGGGUCAAAGCUGGUGAUUGGCGGGGCUGGUGGGGAGCUCAUCAUCUCUGCUGUGGCCCAGGCCAUCAUGAACAAGCUGUGGCUUGGAUUUGACUUGCAAGCAGCCAUUGCAGCCCCCAUCUUGCAUGUGAACAACAAGGGACAGGUGGAGUACGAGUCCACUUUCAGCCAGGAGGUGCAGAAGGGGCUCCAGGACCGGGGCCAGAACCAGACCAAGAGGCUCUUUUUCCUGAACGUGGUCCAGGCUGUGUCCCGGGAUGGGACCUGUGUGUACGCUGUGACAGACCCAAGGAAGGGUGGAGAGGCCUCAGGCUACUGAGGAGGCUGCUCCUGAGAGCUGGGAUCCGUCCCAACAUCAGUACGUGGCCCAGGUUGGCCAUGGCUAUGGCUGUGGGACUGAGUGUUCCAGCAGGAUCGGGACCUGUUGGCUGGGGGUCAGCCUGGGACUGUGAGAGGUGGGGACAGCAUGGCAAAUGGAUGACUGUCGGGGGCUGAGCCCUCUCCCAGAGCCCCCAGUGGCCCUGCCCUGGCCUCUCUAGCCUACUCUAGGCCUCUCACCCAGGACUGUGGCCUACUUUCCCCGCUGAUGCCACUCCCCAUCUGUACAUCCUCUAGUUCAAGA